AUGAUCGCAGGGGAGAGACCUCCAAGCAGUUUGGUUCAGACUGAGAGGCCUUCAACUAGUUCAGGCAGCCGCCCUCGCAACUACGACCGUCCCUGGAUGUCACAAAGCAUGACUUUCGAUCGAAAACCCACCCAAGUCGGUCGACCGGACAAUAACCUCGAUUUGGGGAUCCAAUCUCGUAAGGCGACCUUCCAAAACGCUAUGAAAUCCGCAGAUACCGCGAAGAUUGAUACGGAAGUCAAGAAAAUCUCUCAAACUGCAUCAAAGAAGAUCAUCACGCAGGGUAAACGCCAAGUGCGGGAGGAGUCGGAAGAAAUCAAACUCGACAUUAGAAUUGCUCAGCCAAGCGCGCCAAAGCCAAAAGUUGAUGUCAAAGCGCAGGUAGAAAGUAGUCGCUCCAAGAAAAAUGCUCCCACCGGAAAACCAACAACUACGGUUGCUGCAAACCCUCUGAACAAAGUCACGAAGCAAGUAACAAUCAAUCAAGCCCAUGAAGUGCCGACGCCGAACGAGGUCGCCAUCGCGGAAAAUCCCUACGAUCUUCAAAUGGAAGGCGUCAAAGUGACCGAAACCGAGCUUAAGCGUCACGCUGGGAUGAACAAGCCAAACCCGACGCAGAACUAUCCUCCAGUGAGAGCUCCAUCAGCUCGGCAUUCGAAAACUCAGUCUGACAUCGACUUAGAGAACUUUUUAUCGACUCAACAGAAAUAUGCAUCUCCCGCAAUGAGCCAACGAUCCGAAUUCUCGCAAUUUUCCAUCUCGAACUUGGAGACGAAAGAGUGGAAGUUCGCCUUGAACUAG